AUGUACAAAGUCAGGGUGCUACAAACAGCAGCGCAAUGGCACCACCGAUUUGUUCUUCAACAACGCUUCAUUAAGCAAUUGACAUCGGCCGAGUUACGAGUUCAAUUUGUCGACUACUUUGAGAAACAGGGACAUACGCGUGUCAAAAGUGCGAGUCUCAUUCCUCACAAUGAUAAGAGUUUACUCUUCACUAAUGCUGGCAUGGUGCCUUUCAAGGAGUACUUCAUGAAACCCGACACUGCACCUUUCAAGACAGCUACCAGUAUUCAAAAGUGUAUGCGUGCCGGUGGCAAACACAAUGAUCUGGAUAAUGUCGGCUAUACUCCACGUCAUCAUACUUUUUUUGAAAUGCUUGGCAACUUUUCAUUUGGUGGAUACAGCAAAAAAGAAGCUAUUCAGCUCGCAUGGCGAUUCUUGUUGGAGGAAUUGGAACUACCUUUAGCACGACUACGAGUAACUGUGCUGGAGAAUGACGAGGAAGGAUAUCAGCUAUGGAAAGCCAUGGGAUUACCUGAUGACAAGAUCGUACGGUGUGGCAUGGAAGAUAACUUUUGGUCAAUGGGUGAUGGCGAAGGUCCAUGUGGUCCGUGCACUGAAAUCUUUUGGGAUACCCAAGACAAAUCCCUGGAUGAUCCAUGGCUUGAAAUAUGGAAUCUUGUCUUUAUGGAGAAUUAUCGUACAGCAGAUGGUCAAAUCACAAAGUUGCCAAGUCCUUGCAUUGAUACGGGUAUGGGUCUUGAACGUGUGGCUUCGGUUCUUCAGGGAAAAGCAAACAACUUUCAAGUGGAUCAAUUUCAACAUUUGAUUUCAGGCAUCCGGAGUGUACUUGAAAAGAGGAAUGCAGUGGUACCAUCAUCAGAAGACCCAAAUGCCCAUGAGAAAAUCAUUGCGGAUCAUUUUCGUGCCAUGUGCUUUCUUAUCAGUGAUGGUGUCAUUCCCAGCAAUAUCGGCCGAGGCUAUGUUUUGCGACGUAUCAUUCGAAGAGCGCUACGAUCAGCACAACAAUUAGGGAUCAAUGAACCCUUCCUCACAGACUUGUACCCACACUUGUUGGAUGGAUACAAAGAUGGCAUGUACCCUGAAUUGAGCAGCCGCGCAGCAUCUAUUUGCAACGUCAUUGCCAACGAAGAAGCAACCUUUCUCAAGACGUUGAACCGUGGCCUUUCACUCUUGAACAAUGUAUUUGAACAACCCGAUCUGCAACAAUCAAAAGUGAUCCCACCCCAAGUUGCUUUUCAACUUUACGACACAUACGGCUUUCCUUUUGAUCUGACAUUGAUCAUUGCACGUGAGCGUGGUUGGACUGUGGAUAUGCAAGCUGUGGAAGCACUUCAAGAAAAGCAAAAGGCACUUGGACGUGAAUCAUGGAAAGCGGAUGAUCUCGCUGACAAGUCGAGACUUGCAGAAUGGAGAAAUCAAGCCAUCUUGCCUCAGUUUACCGGUUAUGAUCAUGCUCUUCUUCACCAAGAAUCACAAAUUGUGGCAGCAGAGACGAUUCACAAAGGGAAAAAGACCGAAUUAGUGGUGGCGAUUGAUCCAUGUCCAUUCUAUGGUCUUGGUGGUGGUCAAGUCCCAGAUACUGGUUUUCUCACUCUUGCCAAUGGCAGCCAAUGGAAAGUGACAGAUGUCUUUCAACCUUAUGAAGGUGGUAUUGCAUUGAAAUUGGCUUCACCCAAGGGACCCAAGGAAAUGCAAAAACAAUUGGAGGAGGAUCAAGAGUUUUUGCAGAUCGGCAAUUUGGUACGAACCGAGAUUGAUGUGGAUAAACGUCAAGGAGCCGAGGUGCAUCACACCGCUACUCAUUUAUUGAAUGCUGGUUUACGUGCUAUCCUCAAGACUGAUAUUGUGCAAGCAGGAUCAACGGUGGAACCAAAGAAGCUUCGAUUUGAUUUUACCUAUGGCAAGCCAUUGUCGAAUGAUCAACUUUUGAAAGUAGAAGAAUGGAUCAAUGAGGCAGCAUUGUCUGGUGGUGAAACAAAUGUGCAGCAUAUGAAAUUAAAUGAGGCCGUGGACUCUGGUGCCAUUGCAGCAUUCUCUGAAAAGUAUGGCGAUGUCGUGCGCGUAGUGGAGGUUCCUGGAGUGACCAAAGAAUUAUGCGGUGGUACCCAUGUUGACAAUAUCCGGAAGCUCUAUCCAUUCAAGAUUCUCAAUGAGACCUCGGUUGCUGCCGGCACACGUCGAAUUGAAGCAGUUGCAGGAUUGUCAUGCAUGGAAUGGUAUCGUCAAUCGUUUAUGCCGGUACCUGACCUUUUGAAAAUGCUACGGGCAAACAACACCAACGAUGCUGUGACCAAGUUGGAUAAGCUAAUGCAGCAAACGCGUGAGACACAAAAGCGCUUGGAACUCAUGACCGAGAAAUUGGCUACUGCUGGUGAAAAGAUUGUACACCCUGUGGAAGGCAUUUACAACAACAUCCCUGUACGCGUUCAUCUCAUCGACCCAGAUCUUGAUGCUCUAUUUAUGCAAAAGCGUGCCAAUGUUCUCAAGGAAUCUCAGCCUGAAUAUGCUCAUCUCUUGGUCAAUAAGAAUACCAUCGUUGUUGCCUUGAAUACAUCUCAAGUCCAAGAUCACACUGCCAACUCGAUCCUGCGUCAUAUCCUCAAGCAUGUCAAAGGAGGAGGAGGUGGACAAAAGGAAUUUGCUCAAGGUCGUCUUGCAGAAGCCAUUUUGGAUGAAGAAACCAUAAAGACACGAUUACUACCUGCUCUCAAGGCACAAUGA